AUGUACGAUCUCACCUCAAGCACAUGGUCCACAGCUGAUGAUUUGAGUAGCACUCCGAGCGAAAACGGUACCAACAACGAGCACCCGCAGUCGGUGCCCACCGGCCUCUCCGGCGAGGCCUACACCCGCGAGCCGCCCAUGUCCGCCGCCGCAGACAAUCCCUGGAGCAAGUACGACGACACUCCCGGAUACGCAGAUAUAAGGACGUUUGAAAAUCCCGAGUUGAACCGGAGAUGA